AUGGCCCUAGAGAAGUUGCUGAUGUUUGCCAGCCAGUGGCAGGGAUCCAAGCAGCCCAUAGUCACUGGGACAAUCAAAGAUUUCAAGAGACAAAAACAACUGCCAGUACUCAGUGACAAGCGAGCAGUUCAGCAUUUCUCCCAGAAGUCAGCUGCCAGGAGACCAAUUGCCCAGGAAAAGGCAGCAGGGGAUAAACAGUCUUGCCAGCUUCAGGACAAUUAUGAGGAAGUUGAGAUGGACAUUGAUAGUGGUAAUGAGUGUGAAGAAAUUGGUGAUUCUUUGCCUGGCCAAGAUGUGAAUCAAGUAAUGCCUCAAUUUUAUCACAACACAGAGACUCAGGGCUUGCUAGGAGCUGUGCAGCACAGCCUGCCAGUCUCUACAGGAGUGCCAUAUCUGCCUUCUCAUUUUCUGACACCGCCUGUGAUACAUUUUGCUGAAAUACUGCAGCCUCCUCCACUAACUGUUCCCCCACUGCCACCUGCUCCUCCACCACCACCACCUCCACUGCCACCUGCAGCAACAUAUGAGCUAGAAUGGAAUGGCAUGCAGGAAAGACAAAUUGAAGUAGUGGAUCACAAGGUCAUUUUGGGCAAACGUGAGCCACAGAAUCUGAUUUAUUGUGAUACAACUCCUGCAGACUACAGUGGACAGCAGGAAAGUGUUCAAGGGGCUGCUGAUGUGAUCCCACAGCCUCACAGAAGUCACCCUGCACGUAUGAACAAUUCAUGUCCGAACGUAACCAGUUCUUUGGAUGAUGAUAUUGCCCGAUGGUUGCGCCUGAUCAGACAGAACCAGGACAGUAGCUCUCCCAAUUUACCAGAUUUCAGCGUGCACAUGUUUGCUGAUCAGAGAUUUGUUGUUGAUAAUCGCCAGAGACAAAUGUCUUCAAAUCUGCUGCCUUCAGCUGAUUAUUCCAACAGUUCUGAAGAUAUUCUAACAGCUGACCCAAGAUCUGAGUUGUAUUCUUCUCUUCCAACAAGAAACAGUAGCCAGCAGUUGCCAGACUCUGACAGCUUUCAUAAGCGGUCCACGUUAACUCACUCGCCCUCUGUAUCUAGUCACAGAAGUCAGCUGGGAGAAGGGGACACUUAUCUGACAUAUGACAGCCCCAGUGAGGUAGAAAACAACAGACCUGUUAGUCCCAGACAUAGAGGGAGAUUGCCGAGAAAUGAUUUGGGCACAUGUUUGUCACCUGUACAAUCUGUCCCUCUGGGCAGAUCUGUGAGUUUUUCCAGGAGACAUUCCCUGGGAGAGCAUGCCAGAAGUCACAGAGACAUUUCACCACAAUCUGACCCCAGGAAGUCACUCAGUCAGAGUCAGUCAAAGCAUGAUUUCCAGUACAGUUCCCCACAUUCUGAACCCAGCAGGCCACUCAGUCAGAGUCAGUCAAAGCAUGAUUCCCAGUACAGUUCACCUCAGUGCUCUGUGGUCAGACAAUACCCAAGAGGCCAUGUCAAGGAUAAGGCAUCUGCAAGUUCAGAUUAUUUGUCCCCACACAGGCUUAUUGAGGCUUCUGGUCACAGAUCUUCUCCUCCACAGCCGCAAGUGCAGAAAAGACGCAACCAUUCUACAGACAAAAGUGAUGUCUAUGAGCCACAAGUGCCAGCCACCAAGAAGUUGAAGCGGGCUUCCCCGCCCCCUUACAUUCCAACCUCCAUUAAACCAGCAAGAACAUUCACAAGUGUGUACAUACCUCAGCAUGAUUCUCUUGAGACUUCUGAUUCUGAGGAAGAGGAUCCGAUAGCUCUUCGGAACAAGCUUCUAGCAGAGGUUAUAGAAAAGAGAAAGAGCCUUGCUGAGAGAUACAACCUACAGAGGCAGUCAUUGAGUCUAGAAACUAACAGACAAAGGCAGUCAUUGAGUCCAGAAACUAACAAACAAAGGCAAUCACUGAGUCCAGAAACUAACAAACAAAGGCAAUCACUGAGUCCAGAAACUAACAAACAAAGGCAAUCACUGAGUCCAGAAACUAACAAACAAAGGCAAUCACUGAGUCCAGAAACUAACAGACAAAGGCAAUCACUGAGUCCAGAAACUAACAAACAAAGGCAAUCACUGAGUCCAGAAACUAACAAACAAAGGCAAUCACUGAGUCCAGAAACUAACAAACAAAGGCAAUCACAGAGUCCAGAAACUAAGACUGAUGAUCAGAUUCCACAAGAAAUGCUGUGCUCUACUGCAGCACAUGCAGCUUUGUCUGUAUUAGACAGGGAUGAAUCAGACUUGGUUAUAAACGUGUCCUCUUCAUCUUGGAAUAAUUCUAAAAUUAAUGUCUCUGAGGAUCCACAGGUGUCUUCAGGCGAGUCUUUGCUCUCUGCAGCAUUAGGAAAUUCUGUUUCAGCACAUGGGAUUUCUUCCUCCCAUGUCACCUCAUCUAUGUCCUCCAGCAUCACUGCUCAACCACCACCAAUAUUGGGUGGAGUCAUCCAGACUGCAGGUGCAUCGUCAUCUGGUGUGUGUUCAGGCCAGUCACCAUUGGUGUUUUCAAAGCCAUCUGCAUUAUCUGACCUUUCAGCACAAACUCCUGCAGAUUCUAAUAGUUCUUCAGCUGCAACUAUCACUAAAGCAUCACCAGUCACAAGUGAACCAGAAGCAGGACGUCAGAGUAACUUAGCUUGUGGUUCAGAUCAAAGGCUGCAUUUCUUGUCUGCAACCACUGCUCAUAACGUGGACACUGCUGCAACAGAAGAACACAAGACACCUGCAAGAAACCUCAACAGUCAGAACUCUGAAAGAAAACCUGACCUUGGACCCGGGAGUAAACUACAGCAAGAUUAUGACAUAUCUUCAGCUGCCAGUGGCAUCAGUGUGUUACGCAGUGACAGUGUCAGUAAUCAACAUGGUGCUGUACAUGCACUUCCUGUGCACCCAAAAGUGCUGGUGCCAAUGAACUCAUCGUCUGACAGUGAUGGGGAGAGCCAUGAGGAGGAUAACAGUCAGACUUCAGCAGCCAGGGCUGGGCAUGGAGGCAAGGAGAAGACUAACAAGAAGGCAGCAACAGAGCUUCUGGGCAAACAAGAACAGCUGCUGAGUGCCCAUGAACAGUCCAUACAGAAGGACCAGAAGAUGGUCAAGCAGUUGGUCAGGAGAGCAGUGAAGUUUCUAGAGGCCCAGCAGCAAGAGGAGCAGAAACGGCAGUCGUUGCACCGGCAGUUGCUUGAUUUGUCUCGGGAGAUGAAGAAGACUGAGAAACUGGUGAUGAUGUUCAAGGCUGAGAAGGAGAAAACAGAGAAGCAGGUGCAGCUGGUGACUGAAACACUGCUGCAAAAGAAGAAACAGUAUGAAAGAAAAGCCAGAUCCGUCAUGUCUCUAGGCUGCAAACUACUGGGACCCUCCUAUGUGUCACGUUUCAGGAAGCCUUAUGUAACCUUACCUUCGGUAAGUUUGUAUGCUUUAACAGUCCCAGAGAAGCAGAACUUGUCCAGGGCUCAGCAUAUAGCACAAGAGAAGCUAAAACUAAUUGAGAAAGAAAAACAGAUUGCUGAAAAGUUGCGGAAACUGAAAGAAGCACAAGGAGAGAAAGAUACAGAGAUGCCCUCAUCAGUGAAGCAUGUGCCAGAUCUUUUAAAAAGUGUUCAGCCAAAGUGGAAAUCCCAGGAUGUGAUUAGAAUUGAAAGUGAUGCACAACCAGAUGUUCCAUCAAUGAAACAGAGACGCAAAUCAUUGUUGGAUAUGAACAUGACGCAUUCAUCAUCAUUAUCAUCUGCAGAGAAAGAAUAUUUGUCAGAAACUAAAGUGGAAAUGAAACAGCAAGACCAGUUUGCUGACUUGAGUUCAACUUUCAGAAUGCCAGGUGGCACACAGCUGGCCAACUUCUGUAAACUUCAGCAUUCUUCAUUGUCACCAUCUUUGUCUACAGUAAACUUCUUGAGUUCCGCUCUUACAGGUAAACUUCUUGUGUCCGCUGUUACAAGUAAACUUCUUGUGUUCCGCUGUUACAAAUUUAAUUCCUUCUUUCGGACCAAAGAGAACUUGAGUCUUCAGAGCAGCACAUACUCACACAAAAUCAACCCUAACAGUGUUCUGUGCCCCUACGAUCUGCAGGGAACAUGCAAUGAUGAUUCUUGCACACAGCUACAUCCAAGAGACUACAAACUAAGUGACCAUGAACUCCUGGAAGAAAUCGUUUCCUACUGCCCAAAACUGGCAGGCGCUGCAGACGGUGCCUCUCCUGAAGAAGUUCACAAAUGCAUCG